CCUCGGACGGUCUGGAAGUCAACUCAGCCCGAGUCUUCAGAGUAGUGGCUGGUCCAGCCUGGCGAACUCUCCCCUUCCCGCUGCUGCUGGUGCCAGCAUCACUGUCCCCGCCGCCCCACUCACCAACAGUCCGCCCGAGAUGAGCCAGACACGCUGGACGGGGAAGAGAGCCGAUAUGCUCCCGGAGAUCGCCGCCGCCGUGGGGUUCCUUUCCAGCUUGUUGAGGACCCGGGGCUGUGUAAGCGAACAGAGGCUACAAGUUUUCAGCGGGGCCCUUCAGGAGGCACUCACAGAACACUAUAAACACCACUGGUUCCCAGAAAAGCCAUCGAAAGGUUCAGGCUACCGCUGCAUCCGAAUCAACCACAAGAUGGACCCCAUCAUCAGCAAGGUAGCCAGGCAGAUUGGACUCAGCCUGCCUCAGCUGUACCGCCUGCUGCCUAGCGAGUUGACCCUUUGGGUGGACCCCUAUGAAGUAUCCUACCGAAUUGGGGAAGAUGGAUCAAUUUGUGUGCUCUACGAGGCAGGGCCCACUCCAUCUUCUUAUGGACUCCUCACUUGCAAGAACCAAAUUAUGUUGGGCCGGAGCAGCCCCUCAAAGAACUAUGUGAUGGCGGUCUCCAGUUAAGACCCGUACUACUGCCCCCCCAGCAAUCUACUGUAUUCAUUCAGCCGUGACAACAGGCUACUGCAUACCUCAACUUGGGGAAUCAUAUUUUUAAAUGAAGAGUUAUUUAUAUAUAUUUUUUUUAAAAAAGGGGGAAAAAAACCAAAUUUUUUUUUUGAAAGAAAAAAAUAUCCUUACUGGGAGCUGCUUGGAAGUGGCCUCCUAUGGUGCCUUUGGAGAGAAAUGUUGUGAGCCUGAGUGUCUUGAAGCCAGUGUCUGCCAAUGGGGAGGGGAAGCAGUUUAGGGGUAUGGACCUGGCAGGAUGGAGGUGAUGAUAGGGUUGGGAAGGAGAUAAGGUAGGAGCCUGGUCAGCACCCUAGGGAAAAUGAGAGCAUCUAUGGUUAGCAACUGUGAAUGAGAAAGAUCAGGGUGUACCCUGGGUGGGAGGAAGGGUAUAGGAGAUUUUCAGUUUAUAGCCUCUCCUACACCCACCACUGGGGUUCCAGCAUCCUGAUCUGAUUCUCUUUUGCUAAAAAGGGCAUUCAAGCCUAAACUUUUGAAAUUCUAUGUUGCCUUUCUUUUCUUUUUUCCUUUUUUCUUUUUUUCCCCUCUGAUGAGAUCCUGGCAGGGAAUAAAAGGCAAUUUCCUUAUUCCUCCUGCCUAGAUCAACUUUUCUUGAAAUGAAGAAAUAGUCCUGAUAAUACCCUCAGGGUCUUGAAGGUUUUGACAUCCCAGCUGUGAUUUCUACACGUUCUUGAGGUUUUUAUUUUUAUCUAGAUUUUUUUUGGUGAUAGAGGGUCAGAAAUAGAAUAGAAGGGUAAGGAAACCUGCACAAAAUCUCCAUGUUGCUUUAUGCUGCUCUGUGUAUGUGUAUGUGUGUAUGCUGAAUUCUCAAGGGGAUGAUUUGUAAUGGAAGGCUGGGGCCCAAAGAACUCUCAAUGGGGAAUACUCUUUGGACUGGCAGCCUUGUCUGCUGCCCUGCUUAUAGAGAACCACACAAAAGUCCUGAUGCUGCUGCCAUUAUCCCUUUGAGAGGUGAACUCAAAAGCUACAGGGAACUUCAGGUCUUUUAUGACAAGUCUUCUUUUCAAAGCACAAAUCUCCCCUUUCUUUUCCCCCUCCUUGUUCUUGGGCUGUCACUAGAGCUGCCCCCCAUCCUUUUAGGACAAAAGUUCUCAAGCCUUGUGCAAUAUGGCCUCCUGCAACUCAGAGUGUCUUGGUGGUAUGAUUCUUUAGCCAUCUUGAUGGCAUCCAUGAAGAAUCAGUCUUCCUGAGGCCCUCUGAGCUCCAGUUGGCUAGUUUGUUUUGAGGGCGCCUCUUGCCUGAGCCCCAGUUUCUACCGGCGUUGGCAUUGUUCUCAUGGGCUGCCUCUAAAAACAAACCUUUGGGCAUUUACUUCUCCUUGGCACUGAGUGUCUGGUGGUGGAAGAGUAGUGUCUUUCUCUAAAUGUGACUCCAAUCCGUUAGUAGAAUUGUGCAAUAUUUACUGUUCUUGGUUGGGGAGAAAUAGAAAACUGCACUAGAAAAGAGUAUCCCUUUUGCCUCUUUCCCACCCCAUCCAUGGGAGUAGGGGGUAGGGUUGAGAAGGCUUCAGGUAUCCCCUAUCAGAACCUCGGAUGGAUGCAGCUGGAGCAUCUGAUCAGCUUGGUGAAGCUCCUGUUGCUAGGGCUUAGUAAAGAAUCCCUCUCCCUCCCUUCCUAUCCCCUCCUGUGGAAGUCUCCCCUCAGCUUUCUUUUCCCCUUAGGAUUUCCCAAGCUGCUCUAUUUCCUGAUUCAUAAGGUGCUAAUAACCAAACACUCCCUACUCUUUUAUUCUAGUCCUGCCCCCUUUCUAACUGCACCAAAUUUUGUGCCAGCUUCUAGACCCUGGUUGGAGUAUUAUGUUCAAUUUAAAAUUAAUUCUUAAUCCAGAGGGCAGGGAAUUGGUUCCUUGACCUGUGGGAUGGGUCAGAACACCAACCAACAGCUGUGAAUCACUGUGGAAUAUGUCUGUGCCUCUGCCUGCACACAGGACCCUGCCAGUUGUGGUCUCUUGAUCUUUUUCUCUUUUUUCUUCCUUAAUAUUUACUUUUAAAAAAACAAAAUCUCAGAGCUGGACUGUUGAGCAGGAUUGGCUCUCCUAUUAAGUAAAACAUGGUAGUGAGUUUGUAAGCUAUUCUGACAGAGGGGACAAAGGUUACUAAUUGUAUAUUGUAUAGUGUUUUUAUAUGAAAGAAUGUACAGCUCUAUUGAUAAAUGUACACUUUUUUGUUACUUUAAUAAAAAUGUAGCUGUUUUAGCCGUGUGGUAUAGACAAA